AUGUCCCUUCCUCCUUGGAUUGUGGCCUGCCUCUUCCUGCUAACUGCUUUCUGUGAAUUCUCCUCUGAAACCAAUUACUCCAGAAGCUAUCCUUGCGAUGAAAAAAGGCAAAAUGGCUCUGUUAUUGCAGAGUGCAACAAUCGUCACCUGCAAGAAGUUCCUCAGACAGUGGGCAACUAUGUGACAGAACUAGAUCUGUCUGAUAAUCUCAUCACCCAAAUAACAACUGAAUCGUUCCACCAGCUGCAAAAUGUCACCAAAAUCAAUCUAAACCACAAUGCGAAUCAACAACACCAGAAUGAAAAUCCCAAUAUGAGUAAACAUGGCAUGAAUAUUACCGAUGGGGCCUUCCAGAACUUGGCCCACCUCCGAGAGUUGCUGCUUGAAGACAACCAGUUACACAAAAUACCCGCUGGAUUGCCCGAGUCUUUGCGAGAGCUUAGUCUAAUUCAAAACAAAAUCAUUUCUAUAACUAAAAAUCAUACUUCAGGACUCAAGAACCUGGAAAGUCUCUAUUUGGGCUGGAACUGCUAUUUUGCUUGUAACAAAACACUUAACAUAGAAAAUGGAACGUUUAAACAGCUUACAAGUUUGCAGGUGUUGUUGCUGUCUUUCAAUAACCUUGUCCGUGUGCCACCAAGUCUGCCAGUCUCCCUAACCAAACUUUAUUUGAGCAACACAAAGAUCAGAAACAUCAGCCAAGACGACUUCAAGGGGCUGACAAAAUUAAAAUUACUGGAUUUAAGCGGAAACUGCCCGAGGUGUUUCAAUGCCCCAUUUCCUUGUACACCUUGUGAUGGAGAUGCUUCCAUUGAGAUACAUCCUCUGGCUUUCCAACCCCUGUAUGAACUCACGCACCUAAACCUCUCCAGCACUUCGCUCCACAGCAUCCCAGCCACCUGGUUUGACAACAUGACUUCUCUGAAGGUGCUGGAUCUGGAAUUCAACUACUUAUUGCAAGAAAUAGCCUCGGGGGAAUUUUUAACAAAACUGCACCAUUUAGAAACACUUGACUUAUCUUUUAACUAUAAAAAGACAAACUAUUUACAAUAUAUUAAUAUUUCCAAAAACUUUGCUUCCCUUCAGUCUCUCAAGGCACUGCAUUUAAGAGGUUAUGUGUUCCAAGAACUUAGAAAAGAAGAUUUCCAGCCCUUGAUGAACCUGCCACAUUUAAAGACCAUCAACUUGGGCAUUAACUUCAUUAAACAAAUUGAUUUUAGCCUUUUCCAGAACUUCUCCAGCCUGAAAAUCAUCUACUUGUCAGAAAACAGAAUAUCACCUUUGGUAAAUGAAAUUGGACAAAACUCUCUAAGAAAUUCCUCUUGGCCUGGACACGUCCUUAAAUUACGCUCAAUUAAGCCUAGGUUUGACCCACAUUCAAAUUUUUAUCACAACACCCGUCCUUUGAUAAAGCCACAAUGCACUGCCUAUGGCAAAGCAUUGGAUUUAAGCUUGAAUAGCAUUUUCUUUAUUGGGGAAAAGCAAUUUGAAGGUUUCCAAGACAUCGCGUGCUUAAACCUGUCUUCAAAUGGCAAUGGCCAAGUGUUACACGGAACUGAGUUUUCAGCUGUGCCUCAUGUUAAAUAUUUGGAUCUGACCAACAAUAGAUUAGACUUUGAUGACAACAGAGCUCUCAAUGAGCUGCCUGAAUUGGAAGUUCUGGAUCUCAGCUCCAAUGCCCACUAUUUUAGAAUAGCGGGUGUCACACAUCGUCUAGGAUUUAUUCAAAAUUUAACACAGCUCAAAGUCUUAAAUUUGAGCCACAACAACAUUUAUACUUUAACAGAGUAUGAACUGAAAAGCAUGUCCUUGAAUGAAUUAGUUUUCAGUGACAACCGCCUUGACCUUUUGUGGAAUACUGGUGAUAACAGAUACUGGUGCAUUUUUAAACGUCUCCAAAAUCUAACACGGCUUGAUUUAUCCUCCAAUAAACUUCAACAUAUCCCGAGUGCAGCAUUCCUGAACUUUCCACACAGUCUCAAAGAACUAUAUCUAAACGAUAAUGUGCUGGAUUUCUUUAACUGGACGUUACUCCAACACUUUCCUGAUCUCCAACUGCUAGAUUUAAGUGGGAAUGAACUGUCCUCUUUGACUAAUAGUCUGUCUCAAUACACAUCUUCGCUUCAGACACUCCUGCUGAGCCAAAACAUGAUUGCCCACCUGCCCUCUGGCUUCCUUUCUGAAGCCAGUAGCUUGGUGCACCUCGAUCUACGAUCCAACCUGCUAAAGACGAUCAGCAAAUCCACACUUCAAACGAAGACCCCCACCCAGUUGGCUCUUCUGGAUCUAGGCGGAAACCCUUUCGACUGUACCUGUGACAUUGGCGAUUUUCGAAUCUGGAUGGAUGAAAAUCUGAACGUCACAAUUCCGAGACUGACGGACAUCGUAUGUGCGAGUCCUGGGGAUCAAAGAGGGAAGAGUAUUGUGAGUCUGGAGCUCACGACUUGCGUUUCAGAUACUGUUGCAGCAAUACUAUUUUUCUUCACAUUCUUUAUCACCUCUAUGCUCAUGUUAGUCGCCGUGGCUCACCAUUUAUUUUACUGGGAUAUCUGGUUUAUCUAUCGGGUGUGUUUAGCUAAGAUAAAAGGCUACAGGUCCCUGUCUACAUCCCAAACUUUCUACGAUGCUUACAUCUCCUAUGACACUAAAGACGCCUCUGUGACGGACUGGGUGAUAAAUGAGCUGCGCUACCACCUUGAGGAGAGUGAAGACAAAAAUGUCCUGCUUUGCUUGGAGGAGAGGGACUGGGACCCAGGACUAGCUAUCAUCGAUAAUCUCAUGCAGAGUAUAAACCAGAGUAAGAAAACGAUAUUUGUUUUAACCAAGGACUAUGCAAAAAGCUGGAACUUCAAAACCGCGUUCUACCUGGCCUUGCAGAGGCUCAUGGAUGAGAACAUGGAUGUGAUUAUAUUUAUUCUGCUGGAGCCAGUGUUGCAACACUCUCAGUACCUGAGGCUGCGGCAACGCAUCUGCAGGAGCUCCAUUCUCCAGUGGCCCGACAACCCCAAGGCGGAAGGCUUGUUUUGGCAAAGCCUGAAAAACGUGGUCUUGACUGAAAAUGAUUCGCGGUAUAAUAAUUUCUAUGUUGAUUCCAUUAAGCAAUACUGA